CAAAUUUAAUUCUGUUUUAGGCAAAAAUGGAACCGGGAACAUUAGCGAAAGUCUUGUCUGAUUUUUUUACAACCAUCGACGGGGAAUUAAGUUUAAAUAAGGGGGAAUACUUUUUGGUAUACAGUGUCACAGAUAAACACUGGUGUUAUGGAGAGUCUCGAGGUAGAACUGGGAAAUUUCCCUCAAGUCGUUUACACAAAGUAGAUAUUCCAAUACUACAGGAUUCAGAUGUUUUGUUUGUGUCAAUUGCUGCUUUUCCAGGACAGCAGGAUGGGGAUCUGUCUUUUGCUCAAGGAGAAAUUAUUGUUGGAAUGCAAAAUGUGGGAUCUGGAUGGUACUUAGGACAAACAGAUGCUAAAAAGGGUAUUUUUCCUCUGACUCAUACAUGGCAAAUUGAUACUAAGUUGUUGAAGAAAGCUAUAGAAAAGAAGACUAUAAGAAAGAAGGCUAGAAUAAAAACUAAUUUGAAAGCACAAAUUGAAGGAGAACUUGAUUUAGUUGAAGGUGAAACAGUCACUGUUAUAGAAAUUCUGGGAGAUGGAUGGUGUUCUGGAGUAACAGAAGAUGGCAAACAGGGAAUAUUUCCAGAAGCAUUUGUGUCUUAUAUUACUGAUUCUGAUGACACAGUCUCUGCAAUGGACAAUAAUUCUUUUGUUGCACCAGUAACUUAUAAUAAUACAACAUAUGAAAACAUUGAAGAAUCACAGCUUGAAGACUCAUGUAACGAAGAACCUGCACCAAAUUACUUUGAUUUAUUUCCUGAAUUUAAAACAGUUACUUCAGAACCACUGGAAAGUUCAGAAAAUAAUAACAAUCUCAAUACAUUGGAUGUAAAACCAUAUGCUAUCACUUUAUACCCAUUUAAUGCUCAGUUUCCAAAUGAGCUUAGCUUUGGAGCAGGAGAAGUAGUACACCUAAUUAAACACAUAGAUUCAGAAUGGAUGGAGGGUACAAUAGAUAAUGAGAAAGGAAUCUUUCCUAUAUCUUAUGUUAAUAUCAUAGUGGACUGUAAUGAAGUUAAUAAUGAACAAAGUCUAUUUAACCAAGAUACAAAUAAUUUAGAAUAUGACGAAUUAAUGCCUGGAACCAAAGUCAAAGUAGAGUAUACUUUCAAAGCUCAAAUGGAUGGAGAUUUGAGCAUUGUUGAAGGUGAUACAGUUACAGUAAUUAACAUGGCAAACUCAGAUUGGGUUAAUGUUGAAGAUCAAUCUGGUCAAAUUGGUUUAUGUCCAAGAGGAUAUUUAAGCGCUUUGCCUGCAGAAUCAUCAAAUACUGCUCAAAGUGAUUUCGAAGAUUUUGUGGUAAUACGACAUAACGAGGCAAUUUCUAGAACAACCGAAGAACAAAAGCCUAAAAGACUUUCAGAACCCCAUAGACCUGCACCACCGGUACCAGCUCCCGGUAGAAUGCCAUUGCAAAAAGAAACAAUGGAUAAUAAUUCUAUAAAUGUAAAUCAACAACUUGACGUUGCUAGUAUCGGUAAUUUAGAGAUUAAACAGAAAAACGCAGAUCACAGACAGAACGUCAUAUCAGAAUUAGUCAUUACAGAAAAAGAAUACGUUCGGGAUUUAAAAUUAACAUAUGAAACAUUUAACUUGUACAAUCCAAGUAUACUUGAAGCUCUAGGGAUAGAUGUAACGACAUUAUUUGGAAAUAUUUUCGAAGUUAUUCAGGUUGCAGAAGAAUUACUGGAUCUGAUACUAAAAGCAAUGAAAGGAUGUGAUGAGGAAUUACAAACUAUUGGUCCUUCUUUUAUAAAAAUGGCUGAGAAGUUAAAGAACGUAUAUGUGAAAUAUUGUGGGAAUCAUGAAGCUGCCUUGGCAUUGUUGAAGAAGUAUGAAAAUAAUGAAGAGAUAAUGACAGUAUUUAACAAAGGUAUCGAAUCAUUACGCUAUCAAGUAGCUUGUUUCGAUAUGAGUUCUAUUCUUAUAAAACCUGUACAGAGGAUAUUAAAAUACCCCCUUAUUUUAUAUGAACUGGUGAAGUGUACCGAUGAUAAUCAUCCUGACAAACGUGCAGUAGAAGAAGCAUGGAAGACUAUGACUGCUGUUGCCAGUCACAUUAACGAAUAUAAACGUCGAAAAGAUUUGGUAUCAAAGUAUUUGGGCAACGAUAACACAUUAAUAAGAAAAAUGGCUAAACUCAAUAUGCAUUCUGUCGCAAAAAUGUCUACUAGAUUAGGUACCCGAUUAAGUGCAAGUUUAGGAUUAACAAACGUUGCCGUUAAUCCAGAAUUCGAAGAGUUGGAAAAACAGUUUAGAUCGGUUGGAAAAUGUACUUUGCAAUUAGCUAAAGAUGUUGAUCUGUGCCUUACAUAUUUAAGCGACGAAGCUAUCUCUGGGGAAGUAAUAUCAGAUUUUUUGAUUCAAUACUAUCAAGGAACACCGAAUACCGAAGCAAGGAGGCUCAGAGAUAUAAGAUCGACAAUUUGGUCGCAAUUCAUACAAGAAUUAAAAGCGUGUCUUAAAGAUAGAGUUAGCACACCGAUAAACUUUCUGGCAACACUAUUAGAAGGGCCUGCUGUAUUAAUAACAAAAAGAUACGAUAAGCUGCUUGAUUAUGAUGCAGCUAUUUCUAAAAGUGAAAAGUAUAAGGAUUCAAGAAUUGUACAAGAUGAAUUAGCAACAGCAAAAGGCAAUUAUGAAGCUUUAUCACAGCAGUUGUUAGAAGAAUUGCCUAUUCUCAUUGAUGCUGCUACAGAAAUAUUAGUUGACUGUGUCGGUGCUUUUGCACAAGCACGAAAAUUGUUAUGUGGAAAAAUUACUAAGAAAUAUUUAACUCUUUGCGAGACUACAACUCAGCUUUCAUCUCAAGAUAUUUUGGAAUCAUUUCUAGUUAAUCAUAAUCUAUUAUGGAAUCAGAUAACACGUUUUACAUUUGCUGGAUCAAACCCCAGAAUAGAAGAAGCACAGUCAUGGUGUCCACAGAGUGAAAAACAAAGAAUUGCAUUAAGGAACAAAUAUUCUAGCGAUAAAUUAUGUGUUGUGACAGAAAAUAUAGCGAGCACCUCAUCUUUGGACAUGGGUGCAGCUCGUGGAACUUUAGUUGCAGUAAUAAAGAAACAAGAUCCUAUGGGUGAUGCAUCUAGAUGGUUUGUAGAUAAUGGGGUUGCUCAAGGAUUUUUGCCUGCUAAAAGUUUGCAGAUUCAACAAACACCACAGUCUGAAUCAUCCAAUGAAAUUACUACCCCAAAUAAACCUAACAGUACAAAUAUGCCUGAUUUAAUUUGCAUGGAUUCUCCUGAGAAGGAACAGAAAACUACUCAAUCACAUUUGAAAGAAUUACUUGAGCUCGACAUUAACAAAGAAACUCAUUGUUAUGGUAAUAUUGAACAAGUUCCUAGAGUUCAACAAUAUCAAAACCUGAAUUAUGAGUUCUACUAUGCAAAAUAUGAUUUUUCUGUAAAUAUUACUGGAACAUUGACCAUUAUUAAAGGGCAAGCAUUAAGGCUUGUUAGACCUCAUGAUGAGAAAGGAAAUGAUGAGUGGUGGCUAAUGGAAGAUAGAUAUGGUAAUAAGGGUUAUGUACCCCAAAACUAUUUACGCGAACCACCCACAGGAAAACAAUAAACUUAUAAAUGAAAUUUCAUUUAUAUGCUAAUUUAUAUCAGCUUAUGCGCUAAUGUAUUAAAUUGUUGAUAGCUUCUUAAUUUAUGCAAUAUUGUAAAAAUUUCAAUUCACUAUUCAAACAGUGAAUAUUUUAAAUCAUUGCUAACAUAGAAUAUUAAAUGAACAGAGAUUAUUUCCAGGGAUCAUUCAUAUUUUAACUUUAUGCAAAAGUAUUUUAACAUUUCCUGCUUAUAGUACUUAUGCUUACAUACUUUACGCUUAAAUGUACUUUUCCAUUACUUAUAAUUUGUAUAUAUACAUACAUGUAUUAGAAAGUUAAAAAAUAUAUAAUUUUAACUACAAAGAUAAUAUGCCAAUUCUGUGAUAAUUCAAAUAUGUAUUAUUUUAAAUAUUCUCGAAAUUUUAUUUUAUUAUAUAAAUGUAUUAUGUGUCUAUGGAAUAGUAUAUGAGAAAUACACUGUACAUAUUCUCUAAUUGAUUUUGUAAACUUUAUGUACGAUUUUAACAACAUUUUAUAUACAUGAAUGUAUAUUGAGAUACAUUUAAAUUCCACAUUAAGGAAAUUGUAAAAGCAUUAAUAAAAGUACAAACAAAAUUUUAA